AAAUAUGUGUCGUACCACCAUACUCCAGCGAGGAGCUGAAUCCUGUAAAGCCAUUAUCAUUAGAGAACAUAUGAGCCUGUUUCUCCGGCUCAGAGGCGUUGUUUCAGACUCUGUGUGCUGAUAUAAUGAACACAGAUACAUCACCUCAGAGGAGAACUUGUUGAACUAGUCUCAGAAGUUGUUUAUUCCCUGAGAGAAGAUGUUUGUCAGACCGUUUCGUGUGAAGUCUAACACCGCAAUCAAAGGCUCAGACCGGAGAAAGCUGAAAGCUGACAUAUGUGCAGCCUUUCCUUCACUGUCUGCUGGCGAGCUGUCUGAGCUGCUCCCCAACAAAGAGGAGUUAAAUGUAGUGAAGAUUUAUGCACAUAAGGGAGAUUCCGUAACACUUUAUGUUCUUCACAAAAAUCCACUGUUCUUUGAACUAGAGAAACGACUUUAUCCUACAGUAUAUGUGCUUUGGCGCUACCCUGCUCUCCUGCCAACAUUCAGGACAUGGCCUCCUGUGCUUCAGAAGUUGAUUGGAGGGGCAGAUCUCAUGCUGCCAGGUGUGGUAGUGCCUUCAAGUGGUCUCCCAGAUGUGAAGUGGGGCGACUGCUGUUCUGUUACGUUAGUGAACAAUAGAGCUCCUGUUGCAGUUGGCACUGCUGCAGUGUCCAGAGGAGAGAUGCACAGUUCGGGCAUGAAAGGGAGAGGAGUGUGUGUUCUCCACGCGUACAUGGAUAAUCUGUGGGCUUUUGGUGACAAGUCAAGUCCUCCUUCUAUACCAGAUGCAGAGGGUGAAGGACAAGAGGCUAAUGGAGAGGAAUAUGAGGUAGAUGAGGUAGAAGAAGAGGAGGAGGAGGUUGAGAAGUGUGUAGGGGAGGAGGAGCAGAGUCCCGGUGAAACGGUCACAGAUCAAGCCUGUUCUGGUGUUGAGGAGUUGAGUCUGGCUGAGCAGGAGGAAGAGAAUGUGGAAAAGUCAGGUAAUGAAGAAGAGGAGGGGAACCAGGAUGACCAGAAAAUGCCACAAGAGAUGAUGGACGCCCUCCUGGUGCAGUGUUUUCUUCAUGCUCUCAAGAGCAAGGCGAAGAAGUCGGAUCUCCCCCUGCUGACAAGUACAUUUCUUCGCAACCACAUGUUCUCCUGCUGCCCAAGCGGAAAGCAACUUGAUAUCAAGAAAUCCAGCUAUAAAAAGCUGUCCAAGUUUCUACAGGCCAUGCAGAAGCAGCAUAACCUUGUGCGAGUGAAAGAGCUGACCAAGGGUGUUGAGAGCAUUGUGGAGGUGGACUGGAAACAUCGAAAACUGCGUGACUUCAAAGUUCCCGAGGAGACAGAUGUUGAAGCGGCUCCGGUGCAGGACGGAGGGGAAGGAGAACCUCCGUACCAUCCUCCUGAGAUCACAACUAUGUACUCUGUGUCAGCUCGCCUGGAGCCUCUCUUUCUGGAUGCACAGAAGAGGAAAGGAACAAUACUGGAGCCUGCUGAAGCGAGACAUAUUGUCACAGAGUAUGUGAAGAAGAAUGAACUGGUGGAUGAAAAUAAUCAGAAUUACGUGACCAUAGACCCUACUCUGUGUGACUGCCUGCUGGAGAAAUCGGAGUACCAGGAGGUCGAGUCUCUCAAGUGGGAUGACCUCUUUAGCAGGACGUUGGCAAGAAUGCAGGUGUGCUAUCAAAUUGUGUUCCCCGGAUAUGCACCCAUAAGAAAGAAGGGCCACAUCGAACCCAUAGACAUCUCGGUGGCUUCUCGAGGCUCCAAUAAGAAGGUGACUCUAAUAAAGAACCUGGAACUGUACGGUUUGGAUCCUGCCGUCGUGGCAACUGCUUUGCAGCGCAGAGUCCAGGCCAGCUCCGUCUUACAGCCCAUCCCCGGGUCUAAGGACAAAGUCCUGGUCCAGAUCCAAGGCAAUCAGAUUCAUCAAGUCGGCAAUUUGCUGCUAGAUCAUUAUCAAAUCCCUCGCAAGUACAUCCAAGGAAUAGACAAAGCUCCAAAGGGUGGAAAAAAGAAGUAACAUUUCAACCUGCUAUACCAGCCAUUUACUGUCAACAACCAACAACAACCAACUGUCGGCCACUCGUGUAAUAAAAGGGAUUUACUGUCCUCUUCUGAAGGCUGAA